UUUUCGUUGUUCAGUAAAUGAUUAGUGUAUAGGCCUGUUAACAGGAACCUGUAGACUUUAUAAGCCUGUUUAUUUAGGUGAAAAAACAAUAAUGUUCUUAAGUAUUUAUGUCAGAUACAAUUAGUUUUAAAAUCGUCCCUCUUCUUUCAUGUGAUAUUAUUGGAGUGUUUUGUGAUAUGACACUGAGGACUGCCCGGGGCCAGUGUGAGAAAGAUUCCUGUCACUUGCCCGAUCGGGCCAGUGCUGCAUUUAUAACAUUAGUGCAAGAAAACAAUAAGCGGGAGAGCAUAAAAAUUACACGGCGCGAACGAAGUCUUCUAACCAAGGAGCGAGCGCGAGUAUAUUUUAUCUCUCAAAGACUCGCAUAGGCACAGUCACGUGCAGACACCGAGCGCACUCUCCUAGCACUGUCCUCGCUCUUUUCCAAGUGUCUUAGCAGCAGCUAUUACCAAUGUGUAGAAAAUAGAAAAAAAAAGAAAAGAAAAAAACCACUUAAAGAAUUUCGUAGCGGGAUUUAACGUCUUGUUUAACAUUUUAAGUAUCCCCGCACAUUCUGCGUUCACAGAGCGUGAAAUCCCCACAUUUUUCACUUUUACAUGUUGGUGAAAAGCAGUAAUCCACACAUUGGAACACAAGAAAUCAUGAAAUCAACAGUUCCCUAUCUGUCACUCACUCGACGUUGGUGUAGAUGUAGUGACACUAGGGGACCAACGUCUCGUUCCCUCCAUCAGGGAACGGAGGUUACACCAGUAACCAUGACGUUUCUUUCUGUAGGACUGAAAAUCCAUGUCUCUCCGUGCAUAUGUCUCAUCAUCAUCUCUCUCCAUGUGGUGUAGACUGUUUAACAUGCAUGUGCUCUCGUAAAGGAACAGAGCGCUAGUUUUAUUCCCACUGUUAAAAAAACAAACACAUUUUCUCUCAUUAAUUCGCCUUUAGAGAUGAAGCGCCGAAUGAGACGUAAUAAACUUUGUUAAACCCCAGUUAUACACAUGCAUGGAAAUGAGCUGCUCAAUAUCCAAAAUAGCUGUUCAGCUGCAGGGUGAAGAUGAAUAUUCAAAACUGUCUACUUCAUAUCAUCCUCAUAAAACACCAGUUACAUUUCUCAUUUCUGGACCAUACAGGAAUCAGUUAGAUAGUAAUAAUGAGUAAAUCUGGAGAGUUGGAUGAUAAGAGCAGCCCAGAAGAAGACCUUCACUCAGAACUAAACAUACAGAACACAUCAGACUCAUCAACACCAUCACAUGUGUCUCUGAAGAGUGCAAGAUCAAUUCCUGAACCACUGAACUUCAGUGAUGGAGCACAAAGAGACAUUAAAAGAAAAAUACAGGAGAGAUCAGACUCAUCAACACCAUCACAUGUGUCUCUGAAGAGUGACAGAUCAAUUCCUGAACCACUGAACUUCAGUGAUGGAGCACAAAGAGACAUUAAAAGAAAAAUACAGGAGAGAUCAGACUCAUCAACACCAUCACAUGUGUCUCUGAAGAGUGACAGAUCAAUUCCUGAACCACUGAAUUUCAGUGAUGGAGCACAGAGAAUUAGAAAAAGGAAGUUGUCAACACAAGAAACACCAGAGCAGGCAGAGUCUCUACCUGCUAAAAGAGUUUGUCAGCAGCACCACAGAGCUUUGGAGGUGUUCUGUAAGACUGAUAACAUAUACAUCUGUAAUAUCUGUGCAGAGCAAGAGCACCGUGGCCACAGCAAACACUACUGUGUGAAACCUUAUGUGUCAGACAGUCAUUUCCUGCUCCUUCGUUUUAUGGGGAAAAUGGGGACAGAAGUCUUCAAAACCUUCAAAAGAGAACUGAAUGAGGAAUACUCGGAUUGCUUGGGAAGUCAGCCAGAAGAGCUCAGUGUCUCCGAAGUUGUCAAAAAAUUGAUGGAGAGCUUUGAUGAAGCAGCAGCAUUAAGGAUCACAUUACACUUCCUGGAAAAUGCUAAUCCUCUUCAAAAAAUCACUGAAGUCAAUAAAGCAAACCUGAUGCACAAAUGUCAACGUAUAAAUGAAGGAAAUUCAUCUCAAGGUAAACAAAGUUUACUGAAUGAGAUCUACACAGAAAUCUACAUGACAGAAGGUGGAAGUGGAGAGAUCAAUAAUGAACAUGAGGUGUUAAGAAAUGAAAGAAUUAUACAAAGUAGAACCACUCCAGAGACUAAAUACGCAUGUAAUGACAUCUUCAAGACACUGCCAGGACAAAGACAACAAGUCCGAACAGUCCUGACGAUGGGCAUAGUUGGCAUUGGGAAGAAUGUGUCAGUGCGGAAGUUCAUUCUAGACUGGGCAGACGGAAAAGCAAACCAAGAUAUCAAUGCCAUCAUUCAUCUUCCAUUUCGAGACCUCAACCAGAAAAGGGGGAACUGCAGUCUUCUGCAACUCAUUCAUCAAUAUGCUCCUGAAUUGAAAGAGGCAAAUCUUUCAAAAUUGAAAGUGCUUUUUAUUUUGGAUGGUUUAGAAGUCUGUCAGUAUCCUCUUGAGUUCCAGAAGAAUGACAUCUGCUCUGAUACAAAUGAGCAAACCUCUGUUGAUGUGCUACUUACAAACCUCAUCAAGGGCAAUCUGCUUCCUUCUGCUCUCCUCUGGAUAACUUCACGACCAUCAACAGCCAGUCAGAUUCCUGCUGAGUGUGUCCAUCGGGUCACAGAGAUUCGUGGGUUCAAUGAUCAUCAGAAGGAAGAAUACUUCAGGAGGAAAAUUAGUGAUCAGAAACUGGCAAGUGAAAUUAUUACUCACAUCAAAUCAUGUCGGAGUCUCUACAUCAUGUGCCACAUGCCAAUCUUCUGUUGGAUUUCAGCCAAUGUGCUCGAAAAUAUGUUGAGUGAUGGGAGCUCUGAUGAAAUACCCAAAACUCUGACUGAGAUGUUCACUCACUUCUUGCUCAUUCAGAUCAGUCUCAAGCAUAAGAAGUUCAAUGGAGCUGAUGCAAGUAACCCAAAGAAACUGUCAGAAUCAGAUAAAACAUUGAUUUUGAAAAUGGGAGAAUUGGCUUUCCAGCAACUAGAGAAAGGCAAUUUGAUAUUCCAAGAAAAGGACCUGAAAAACUGUGACAUUGAUGUCAAUAAAGUUUCAGAGUACUCAGUGUGCACUGUGAUUUUCAGAGAGGAGCUGGGAUUGUACAAGGAAAAGGUCUACAGUUUUGUGCAUCUGAUCCUCCAGGAGUAUCUUGCAGCAGUAUAUGCUCACUUUGCAUGUGUUAAUGAUGGGAAAAAUGUACUUAACAAAGGUGAAUCCAUGAAUGUUGAUAAGAUGCUGGAUAUUGCUCAUUUACAGCAGAUUGCUGUAGAAAAAGCUUUAAAGAGUGAAAAUGGACACCUAGACCUCUUCCUCCGCUUCCUUUUGGGUCUUUCCAUUGACCCUAACCACAGUCUCCUGCAAGAUCUUCUCAUCGCAGGCAGUUUAACUGAACCCUGCAGAGACAAAAACAUGAUAGAUUUUAUCAAAGAGAAGAUCAAACAGGAAUCAUCACCAGAGAGAGUCUUCAAUCUGUUCCACUGUUUAAAUGAGCUAAAAGACAACUCUCUUGUUAAAGAAAUUCAGACUGCCAUGAAAUCAGGAACACUGCUGGGUAGUGAGCUGGAGCCAGAGCAAUGGUCAGCACUGGCCUAUGUCUUGCUCACAUCGGGAGAGGAAUUAGAUGAGUUUGACAUGAACAAGUUCCGUACAUCAACAGCAAACCAGCUAAGACUGCUGCCAGUUCUCAGGAUCUGCAGAAGAGCCAGAUUGGAUUGUUGUGAUCUCUCAUCAGAGUCCUGUCGAAGAGUGUCCUCAGCUUUCCAGUCGGUUAAUUCACCCUUAAGAGAACUGGAUCUGAGCAAUAGUAAACUACAGAAGUCUGGAAUGAACAACCUCUUGUCUGGACUAAAUAGUCCACACUGUCAACUACAGAAACUGCGGCUGGUUGGUUGUAGUAUCUCAUCAGCAUCCUGUGUUUUUUUGGCCUCAGCUCUUAAGUCAACAAACUCACCACUGAAAGAACUGAAUCUAAGCUAUAAUAACAUAAGUGAUAAUGGAGUGAAGAGUCUCUGCUCUGGACUAAAUAGUCCAAACUGCAAACUUCAGACACUCAAGUUAAAAUGGUGUGGUCUCACGAAGGGUUGCUGUGUAAAUCUAGAGUCAGUUCUUAAAUCGUCUUACUCACAAUUGAUGGAGUUAGAGCUGAAAAACAAUGACCUGCAAGAUUCGGGUGUGGAAAAGCUCUCAGCUGGAUUGAAGGAUCCACAGUGUAAAAUAGAGAAACUGGGACUGUCGGGGUGUAUGAUCACAGAGGUGGGCUGUAGUUCGCUGGCUUCAGCUCUUAUCUCAAACACUACUCUGAAGGAGCUGGAUCUGAGCUACAACCACCCUGGAGAGUCUGGGAUGAAACUGCUCUCUGCUAAAAAAGAAGAUCCAAACUGUAAACUGGAUUUCAGCAAUGGAGGAGCGUGUCGGAUGAAACCAGGACUGAUGAAAUAUUUCCGUCAGCUUACAGUGGAUCCAAACACAUUACAUCCACGGCUGAUACUAUCUGAGGACAACCAGACAAUAUCAGAAACUACAGUGAAGCAGAACUAUCCUGAUCAUCCCGACAGAUUCACGCUGUAUCCCCAGACUCUGUGUAAAGAGGCUCUAUCUGUGCGCAGUUACAUUGAGCUGGAGUAUAAGGGAGGAGUUGCAGUGGGAGUGUCCUAUAAGAGCUCAGAUAGAUCAGAGUACUUAAUGGGUGUUAAUAACAAGUUCCCUAGUCUCCUUUGUCUGAACGGUGACCUGAAACUGUGGCAGAAUAAUGAGAUAGUUUAUACGUUCCCUGUGUCUACUCAGUCCAUGAGAGUUGGAGUUUAUGUAGACCAGAAAUGUGGCAGUCUGUCAUAUUACAGCAAUUGUAAAGGCACACUCAUACACCUGUACACGUUCCACAGAAUCUUCACAGAUGACUUGUAUGUAGGUUUCCUACUUCACACUGACUCCUCAGUGACUGUGUAAGUUAACAUAAACCCUCUGAGUACUGAGAUACUGUGAUCGGUUUUGAUUAUUUUUUCAUGUGGACAAGAUCACUUUUAUUGUAUAGAUAUUUGUAUUUAGAGAGUAUGAACAAGGUUUUUUUUCAAGGGGGCAGGUUUAAGUGGUUUACGAGGACUUUAUUUUCGGUUACAAAUUGGUAAUUACAAGGGUAUUAUGCUAUAAAUGUGGUUUAUGAGGACAUUUCUAGUGUCCCCAUAAUUCAUAUAGCUUAAAAAUCAUACUAAACUAUGUUUUGUUUUUUUUUUGAAAAUGUAAAAAUGCAGAAAGUUUUUUGUGAGGGUUAGGUUUAGGGGAUAGAAUCUAUAGUGUGUGUGUGUGUGUGUGUGUGUGUUUGUGUGUGCACGCUAUUAAAUAAACAAGCUUGACAAUA